AUGGAUAAGGCAAAAAUCAACUAUCUUUUGGAAGGGGAGAUCCUAGUUAAAGGCAAGACCUUUGGUCUUUGGCAACCAAAAAAAUACAUCAUUGAUCAAGAACUUAGAAUAUUUUCAAUAAAAAGUUCAAAAUAAAAUAAAAAUUAUCAUCUAGCAAAUUAUUAAAUAGCAAAUGUAGAAAGAAAAAAUAAUAGAUUUUAAUUUGAAUUGGUUUCUACAAUAGGGGAAAAGAAUAUAUUAAUGGGAUCUGACAAUGAGAAGUUUGCCAAUGAGCUUAUGUUAUUCCUAAAAAAAAUGUGUGGAUAAUAGCUUCGAACAUAAAGUUUGUUCGAGCCUAGUUUAUCUUCAAAACCUAAUUCAUCUAUAAGAGAUUAUGAUUACGACAUUCCACAUUUUUUUGAAAUGCCUGAAAUUCGAGAUGCUAUUCAGAAUAUCAGAUCUAAAUCUUUCCAAUUGGAAUAGUAUGAACUCACGCAAAAUCAAAUAGUGAAGAUUUAUAGAAAUAAAAACAAUUAACUCAAUUUCAAAGUAUUUAUUACUUUACCUGGAAAUUGCUUAGCAAAAUGUCAAACCCAAUUAUUUGAAUCUUAGUAUGAUUGGAAUGCGCACAAUAUCAAAGAAUACACUUAAAUUAAAGAUUUCAAAUCUGAUAAAUCCCAAAUGAUAACUGAAAUAAGAUUAAUCAAAAAUUGGUUUUAAUUCAAAAGAGAAUUCACUUAUUUAAGACAUGUAGUUGAAUUUAAAAAAAAAGAAAACACUAAAAUCAUUAUCGAAAAAAAAGCAGAUCACAAAAUACAUUAAGGCACAGUGUCAGGGCUCCUAAAAUUUGCUGUUUGGGGUCUCUAAUUUGAAAAUAAUCAAACUAAUAUUGUAUUAUUUACCGAAUAGAGUUACAAUGGAUUAGCCUUUAUUGAAGAAGACUCAAUCCUUUCAUAACAAUAUUUUUUGUAAUUUGAAAAUAUAAUAAAGACAUCAAAAACUGAUCCUGAUAAACAACUAAUGCAGGAUAAAGGUUAAGGUAUAAAUCCAAAUAAUAGUCCUCAAAAUGAAUUUUUAACUUCAAAGUCAAAAGUAAAAGUUAUAAAAGAUGCUUAGUAAGCUGAUAUCCCUAAAUAAACAAUUCAAAAUCCAAAUACUCAAUAACCUAUUAUAGUCUCCUCCUCACUCUAAGGUCCAAGUUAAUAAAGUCAAGUUUAAUCACCAAAUUAAAUGUUAUUACCUUCUAAAGAUAAACAUAUUCCAUUAAUUGGAAAUCUGAAAGAGGAUGAUUAAUAAAUUUAAUAGUAAGUCAAUAUGAAAAAAUCAGCUAAGUCUUUUGACAUUAAUUAAGGAAAAAAUGAUUAAAAUAAUCUUUCUUAAGGUACUUUAGAAUAAUUGAAACUAAAGAAAACUUCUAGUUCUUAAGAAUCUUCUCAAGUUGUUGGAAAUAAUAUUUCAUAAAAUAUCUUAUUUCAGUAACCAAAAAUAGAGGAUGAUUGUGAAAAUGAUGAAAUUGAACCUGAAAAUGAGGGAUCUGAUGGAAACCUCACUCAAUAUUACGAUUGUUAGGAUGAUAUAGAUGCUAUGAAUGAUAAGUUGUUUAUUGGAUAAUAAGAUCAAUAAGCUAAUAGUUCUGAUUAAAGUGUGAUAGAAGUCAGGAAUUCGAUAACUUAAAGAUAGCCAACGAACAGGAAUCACUAAGUGUAAAGUUAAAGUGAUACAAUUGAAAAUAUUGAAGAUUGGGUAGAAAAGAAGAUGUAGGCUUAUUUCAGUGGGAAAUUUUGUCAAAUUGCCAUUGAUAUAGAACAUAUUUUGAAUCCAUUAGAGUCAGAUAUCAAAAAUAGAAAGUAUAUGAAAGAAUAAGAAGGAGGACACUACAUAUUUAGAAAGGAUUUUAUCAGAGAUGAAAAGAAUGGAGGAUUGAAAUGUAUAAAUGAGGUAAAAGUAAAUGCAUAGAAGAGUGUGGUUAAAUUUUUAUUAGCUAGAAUAGGAACUUCACUUUUGAUGGGAAGAUCUCUUACAAGCAUAUCUAUGCCAGUAACAAUAUUCGAAUCCAGAUCUAAUACUGAAAGAGCUUGUAGUUCUUUGGCCUUUGCUCCAGUGUUUUUGGAUGAUGCUGCUAUAUCGAAGGAUAAAUUCUAUAGGAUUAAAUAGUGUGCAGCGUUUUCUUUCGGAUUUAUCUUUUCAUAUUUAUCUAUGGAAAAACCCUUCAAUCCUAUUUUAGGAGAAACCUUUUAAGGUUAUUUUGAUAAUUGUCCGAUAUAUUGCGAAUAAAUUAGUCAUCAUCCUCCAAUUUGCAUUAUAUAAUAUUAUGGUCGAAAAUAUAAAAUUGAUGCUCGUCUAGAACUAGUUGCUAACUUUCAUUCAAAUUCUGUUGUUGGUAGAAACGUAGGCGAAGUUAAAGUGAUAUUUGAAAAUCCUCCUUAAGAAGUCAUUAUUCUAUUAGCACCUGGUUGUAUUUAUGGGACUACAUUUGGUGAUAAAUCAAUGGACUUUUUAGAAAAAUAAUUUCUAUUUGAUUUAAAUAAUAAAUGGGUUAUGGAAUGUGCAUUCAAGCCUGAUAAAAAAUACUGCCAAUAUUUUAAUAUUGAACAUCUUCCAUAUUCAGAUUUUGUAGCUGGAGGAGUCUGUGAGGUUACAGACGCAGCGAUAGGAAGAUAUUUAAGAGAAGGCUAUAGAAAAUAUAAGGGACUUGAUUUAAAAUCUGAAGUUAAGUCGGUUAAAAGCAUAAUUAAAGGGGUUUGGAACCAAGAAUUAAAAUUUGAUAAUCAACGAUUGAUAUCUAUAAUGACAGACUUCCCAAUCAAGUUAGAAUUGGCCUAAUACCCAUUACCAUCAGAUGCUAAUUUCAGAAUGGAUGUUCUUAUGUGGAAAUUGAGAGAUUUUGAUUAAGCAUAAUAGUGGAAAGAAAACCUUGAAAUAUUUCAAAGACAAGAUAGAAAAUUGAGGGAAGCUAUGGGAACAAAAAAGAAGAAGAAAUGA